AUGGCAAAUGAAGAGAGGAUCCUAAUGGAAUUUGGGGCUAAGUUGAGCGGGAAUGACAAUGUACAAGUCAAAGACAAUGAAUCACGAAACUUCCCCCCACCUCUCACUGUCCAAUGGCAUCUCCCUCUCCUUCCUCCUUACAAUCAAAAACCCUCCCACCAAACCCCAAUUCCAAUCCUCCUCCUCCUCCUCCUCCUCCUCCUCCUAAGAAAGGAUUCGGAUUCCUGCCAUGGACCCCCCCUUCCGGGCCCUGAUCGCCACCGCAGCCGCCUUGUUAAUAGUCGUUUCCCUCGUCUUCACCCUCCUCCACUUUCUCUGCCUCCGCCACUCGAAAUCCCGAUUCUGGUCACUGCCGCCUUCGCCCCCCAUCCCGCUUCGCCGGCCCCCGCCCCCUUCGUCGCUGCAGAUGAGACCGCCUCCUUCGACCCAUCCCUCGACCACAUGUCCCUCAACGAUCUCGCCGCCGCCACCAAGGGUUUCGCCGCCGACGCCAUCAUCGGCGAUGGAAGCUUCGGGUUCGUCUACAAGGCCCGACUCUCCUCCGGCGCCAUCGUCGCCGUCAAGCGCCUCUCCCCCGACGCCUUUCACGGCCUCCGUGAGUUCCGCGCGGAGAUGGAGACCCUCGGCUGCGUCCGCCACCCCAAACUCGCCCGCAUCCUGGGCUACUGCAUCUCCGGCGCCGACCGCCUCCUCAUCUACGAGUUCCUCGAGCGCGGCUCCCUCGACCACUGGCUCCACGAGUCCGACUCGGUCUCCUUCCCGCUCCCCUGGCCGAUCCGAGUCCAGAUCGUCCGCGGGGUCGCCGCCGGCCUCGCCUUCCUCCAUGAGGGCUGCCAGCCCCGGAUCAUCCACCGCGACAUCAAGUCCAGCAACGUCCUCCUGGACGCCGACUUCGGUGCGCGGAUCGCCGACUUCGGCCUGGCGCGGCGCGUGGACGCGUCGCGGACGCACGUGUCGACGCAGGUGGCGGGGACGAUGGGUUACAUGCCGCCGGAGUAUAAGGCGGGGCUGACGGCGGCGACGGUGGCCGUGGAUGUCUACAGCUUCGGGGUGCUGAUGGUGGAGGUGGCGGCGGGGGAGCGGCCGAAUUUGCUCCGGCGAGGGGAGGACGGGAAGGAGGUGAGUCUGGUGGCGUGGGCAAGGAGGAUGGUGGAGGAGGGGAGGGAGAUGGAGGUGUUGGACGGGAAGAUGGGGAAGGAAGAGGUGAGAGAGGAGGAGGUGAAGGGGUAUUUUAAGGUGGCGUAUAAGUGCACCGAUGAGAGCUCAAGGAAGAGGCCUACCAUGGGAGAGGUGGUCUCCCUAUUGGAUCACAUUUAAUUUGAUUAUUUCACUGGCACAGUAUAUAUUGCUUUUUGCUUGUUAUAAUUUAAUUAUUUUUGGAUCAUGGUAUAUGUAUAUUUAUAUAUGACACAGGUCAUCUGGAUAAAGGAUUUGGAUGAGUUCAAGCAUGUAUUGGUGUUCUUUGUUUGUGUGGAGAUGGUAAAUGGCCUGGACUUGGACUGUGCACAAGCAACCAUGCAAUGUUUUGUGUGUUGUUUCUCACUUGUAGAUACUGAGUUUAGCUUGAUCUGGCUUCCAAAAAAAAAGAAUCUGGAUUUGGCUU